AUGUAUCAACUAAAACGCACCAGGAGGCAGCUGGUGCUGCAGGUGGUUGUGCAGGUGUUUUUCUCAACCACCUGCUCGUGCGACCAGCUGUUGAGCAGAGUGGUGACCACCAAGUAUGGCCCCAUACAAGGAGUCAUCCGCCAACACUCAUCAGCCACCCUCCCCGCCGUGGAGGCGUUUUUGGGGGUACCCUACGCCAGCCCUCCUACAGGGGAAGGUCGGUUUACCCCAACUAGCUCCCCAUUGCCAUGGGAUGCGGUGAAGAAAUGCACAGAACUUCCCCCUGUGUGUCCCCAGCAACUCCCCCAUUUGGGGUACCCAGGAGGGUCGCUGCCACCUGAUCGAAUGCUCUAUCUCAGGUAUGAAACUUAA